AUGCCUAAAACAGGGGACACGACGACGAUUGCUGGGACAACGACAACACAUAUCACGACAAACGACGCCAACACCAAACCUGUACCUCUUUAUCACCAUGAACAGGUCCCUUUCCACAACAGUGCCAGCGAAUCCUCUUCAUCUGCCUCGCCUCCCGACAUGACCUCCCCUCCCCCACUCCAUUAUUUCCAACACGUUGCAACCGACGACGACUCUCUCUUUGCUGCUGCUGCUGCUGCUGCCGCUGCCACCACCACGCACUGCGAUGCCAAUGCGGACCCAUGGCAACAGCCCCAGCAACCACCACAGCAACAACAACAACAACAACAAACCAUGGCAACAGCCAAUCCCAUCUCAUGCGAUCUUCAAGAAGUGCUCAUGUACUAUCGUUCCCAGCCUGAGCUGUUAAAGUUGAUUCUUUUAAGCAAGGUCGAGGAAGACAAACGGAGGACCGAAGAGGCCAAGUUACGGGCCAAAGAGCUCGACAUGUUACUGUUACAACAGCAUCAGCUGGCUGCUGCUGCUGCCACAUCCUCGUUUCUCACUGGAGCACCGACGCUCCAAGAAGAUCAACCCAUGGCUGACAUGUUUGCGACGACACAUGCAGGAACAGAAAGUCGACAAUCGAGUGCGAGUCCGCCACCUCUUCCUCCUCCAUCAUCGUCAGCAUCUUCUUCUUCUUUCCACAACAACAACAAUAACAACAAUGCUAUCAGUAGUCGUCGAGACUCUGGAUCUGGUAUACUGUUAGCGCCAUCCGAUGGUGAACCACCGUCAUCGUUGGACGACUACAAUCCUUUCUCUCCUGAAACGCUUUCGUCAUCCUCCAACAAUACCACGCCCAACAACUCUUUAUUACAAAUGAGCAGUUACGCCUCACCUUUGAUGACAAACCUUGAUCCCUCUCCUCCAUCGUCACAACAACAACAACAACAACAACCAUCGCAACAAGAAUCUCCAACGAAUGGCAUGGCACGGCCACCGCCUCGUCGACGGCGAGAGAUGCAGGCAAUCACCAAAAUCGUCGAGACGCGCGAAUACCCUUAUUUAGAUGGCUAUUUUUGGAAAAACAACGGCAACACGGUGCAGAAAAAGACAGGCAACAAAAGCAUAUACUACAAGUGUUCCAAUAGCAGCAAGGGCUGUCCAGUGAACAAGACGGUGACUUGGAAGGAGAACAGCGAGUAUCUGAUCAAGUACCGAGGGGAACACCUACAAGAGUGUGGCAAAGUGCAACGAAUCGUUGAUGUGUAG